UUAGUUUUGGAACUUUAGUCAGAUAAAACCUAAAGUACUACAUUGAGCAGCCGUUCGCAAUUCGCACAGAAAAUACAGAACCGCUUUCGUUUUCUCUUCAAUUGUGUUCUGGAAUCUACAUACUCUCAAUUCUCCAUUGAAGCGGCUUCCGAGCUUUCUCUCCUCCAUUGAAACAGCUUCUGAGUAUAACUUAAGUUGCUUUAUCCUAAUAUCAAGCAUGGGUGACAGUGAAGCAGUUGUUGCUCAACCACCUACUGUUAUGAGUGAUACGUCGAAUAUGUAUCCUUCUAGUGAUCCUAUGGAUGUUAAGUUAAGUGCUCCUGAGGAUGCUGCUAUCCCUGUGAGCGCUGAAGAUUUAGCGGAGGCAAAUGCUAAUUCAGAUGCUAUGAAUUCAGAUAUUGAUCCAACUUCGAAGCCUUCUAUUGGAGAAGAUGUGAACCCGGCUUCUGUAGCAGGUGAAAGCACUUCCAUGGAACCAAACCAGGCGGCUGUUUAUGAUGCAAGUGCUAAUGGGGUGGUUGAUGGUCUUUCAAAUGGAAAUGCAACUGGCUUGCAUGAGGUGCAAGCAACAACAGUUGAACAACAGUUUGAGGAUGGUUCAGCUUUAUCUGCUGAAGAAGAACGUUUAUGGAGCAUAGUCAAAACCAAUUCUUUAGAUUUCAAUGUAUGGACGUCACUAAUUGAAGAAACAGAAAGGGUGGCACAGGACAAUAUCUUAAAAAUUAGAAAAGUGUAUGAUGCUUUUCUCGCAGAGUUUCCCUUGUGUUAUGGUUAUUGGAAGAAGUAUGCUGAUCAUGAAGCGCGAUUUGGAGAUAUUAACAAAGUCGUGGAGGUGUAUGAACGAGCCGUUCAAGGGGUGACAUAUUCUGUUGAUAUCUGGCUGCAUUAUUGUGUGUUCACAAUUACCACAUAUGGAGACCCUGACACUGUUAGAAGGCUGUUUGAGCGAGCAUUGGCGUAUGUUGGAACUGAUUACCUAUCUUACCCUCUUUGGGAUAAGUAUAUUGAAUAUGAAUAUACACAGCAGCAAUGGGCACAUCUUGCAUCAAUAUAUACGAGGAUAUUGGAGAAUCCCAAUCAACAGUUAGAUCGCUAUUUAACAAGUUUCAAGGAGUUAGCUGGCAGCCGGCCUCUGGCAGAGCUUAGAACUACUGAAGAAGCAGCAGCAGCAGCUGCUGCUGCUGCCAUUACUGCCAGUUCAGAUACUGAUGUUCAAGAAUCUGACAAGGAUGGUAAUCCUGAUACAAUGGAAGAAUCUUCUAAACCUGUAAGUUCUGGAUUAACAGAAGCUGAAGAAUUGGAGAAGUAUAUCGCAAUUAGAGAAGAGAUAUAUAAGAAAGCUAAGGAGGCCGAUUCUAAGAUCAUUGGUUUUGAAACAGCUAUUAGAAGGCCGUACUUUCAUGUACGGCCCUUGAAUGAUGCAGAACUAGAAAACUGGCAUAACUAUCUGGAUUUCAUUGAAGUAGAAGGGGACGUCAACAAGAUCUUCAAGCUAUAUGAAAGAUGCCUUGUAGCAUGUGCUAAUUAUCCCGAGUUUUGGAUACGAUACAUUAUGUUUAUGGAAGGAAGUGGAAGCAUUGAUCUUGCUGAUAAUGCACUUGCUCGUGCUACCCAAGUUUUUGUGAAGAGGCAACCUGAGAUUCACCUUUUUGCUGCUCGCAUUAAAGAGCAACGUGGUGAUGUUCCUGGAGCUCGUGGUGCCUAUCAUCUUGUCCACACUGAGAUCUCUCCUGGGCUUUUGGAGGCCACCAUUGAACAUGCAAACAUGGAGCGGAGGCUGGGAAAUAUGGAAGACGCUUUCUCAUUAUAUGAACAAGCUAUUGCCAUUGAGAAAGGAAAAGAACAUUCUCAGUCCUUACCAAUGUUGUUUGCCCAGUAUUCUCGGUUUGUUUAUCUGGUUUAUGGAAAUGCUGAAAAAGCUCGAGAUAUUCUUGUUGGAGCUCUUGAUCAUGUCCAAUUGUCAAAGCCACUUUUGGAGGCAUUAAUACAUUUGGAAUCUAUCCAGUCACUCCCAAAACAAAUUGAUUAUAUGGAUUCUUUGGUUGAUAAGUACCUGGCUCCAGUGCCUGAUAGUUCUGAUGCUGCCAGUAUACUUGAAAGAGAAGAAUUAUCAAGCAUAUAUAUGGAGUUUCUGGAUCUAUUUGGGGAUGUACAAUCCUUAAAGAAGGCUAAAGAUCGGCAUGCUAAACUGUUCUUGCGCCACAGAAGACCAUCAGAGUCGAGAAAGCGUAGUGCUGAUGAUUUUUUAACUUCAGACAAAGCAAAACUUGCAAAAUCAUACUCUGGUGUUCCCUCAACGGCCCCAGCAACAUAUUCAGCUGCUCAAACUCAAUGGGCAGCAGGUUAUGGAACACAAGCUCAACCAUGGCCACAAGCUGCUCAGACUGCAGGACAACCAUAUAACUCCACCUAUCCCCAACAGGCUGCAUAUAGUGGAUACUACGGUAACAGCUACGCCCCUCAACCAGUCCCUGCAUCAGCACCUCAAACUGCUGCAUAUGGUGCCUACCCAUCAACUUAUCCAGCACAGCAGGCUUACCCUCAACAACCAUAUGUGGCACCAGUGGCACCAGUAGCUGCAGCCCCAGCCCCAGCCCCAGCCCCAGCCCCAGCCCCAGCUCAAUCUGGUGCUGUUCCUCAAGCAUAUUAUGGUACUUACUAUUGAGAUGGUCAGGUUAAUUCUGUCGUGAUUUGUAUGUCCGGCUGCUUUAUCGUCCCACUGGUUUCAGCAUAUUUGGCUGCGAGGAACCAUUUUUCUGUUGCUCUCACCGCUGGUGACACAUGGGAGAAGAUGUUCUUUUUGGGAGGGUAGGAUUAGGAUAUCUUGUGAAUGAUGUCAAAUUUUACAAUUUACAGAGUACAAGAGUGUAGAAAGAACAUAUGCCAGUUCCUUGGUUUUUUUGGGUAUUCUCAGCAUUUUCUAGGCUAGGAUGAUUAGGUUAGCAAAAAGCACGACAGAACAGUAUGUGACUAUCGCUUGUAUUGUUUUUAUUUUUGUUUCUAAUGCCUAUACUAAUUGCCAAAUUGAUAAUCUGUUAGUGUUAA